CGCGUUGGGGAGCAGCAUGGAGACCUCGGCCGACUCGCUGGCCGCCGCCGCCGCGCGGGGCCGGGCUGACGAGGUGCGGGCGCUGCUUGAGGCGGGGGUGUCGGCCAACGCGCCGAACCGUUACGGUCGAAGCGCGAUUCAGGUGAUGAUGAUGGGCAGCGCCCGAGUAGCCGAGCUGCUGCUGCUCCACGGCGCGGACCCCAACUGCGCGGACCCCGCCACGCUCACCCGACCGGUGCACGACGCCGCCAGGGAGGGCUUCCUGGACACGCUGGUGGCCCUGCACCGAGCCGGGGCGCGGCUGGAUGUGCGCGAUGCGUGGGGCCGCCUGCCCGUGGACCUGGCUGAAGAGCGAGGCCACCGCGACAUCGCCGGGUACCUGCGCGCGGCCGCAGAGGGCACGGAAGGCGGUAGUCAGGCCCGCGCAGACCCCGCGGAAGGUCCGGCAGACAGCUCGGACCUAAAGAAUCAUUGAAAUCAUUGGAAUAAGAGAAAGAAAUCACCCACCCCCAAUUCUUCCCAGCUGUCUUAAUGCCAGUUCCCUCGGUUGGGAAGAUCCCCUGGAAGAGGGCAUUGCAGUCCACUCCAGUAUCCUUGCUUGCCUAGAGAA